UUGACUCGGAAUUGCAGGUGGACUUUUGUCACCACCUGGAUUUUCUCUCUCUAAAAAAUCUCUCUCUCUAGAAUUGCAGGUGGACAUUUGAUUGGCAGAGGGCCACCUCAAAUCCUCCGUCACCGGUGAGCUCGAGUCCAUCGCGAAAGUACCCAAUUAAGAGGAACCCAACGGACAGAAACCCAUCUCAGAUUACACGAGAUUCAUGGAAGAAAACCCAGAGAAAAGGAAGAAGACCUGGCUCACUGUUGCUUUUUCCUUGGGUGUGGCUGCAUCACUGUUAUUUUUAUUCCUGCUUUUCUUAUUCCUCAUGGUUAAAAAUUCCAAAGAGGAUCCCUAUGAUUCUCAUGACCAUGAAGCUGAAACUCCUUCAGGCCCUCGUGCAAAUUCUCCUCCUAGAGGUUGGAAUUCCUAUGAUUCGUUCUCAUGGACGAUUGAUGAAGAACAGUUCCUUUCUAAUGCUAGAGUUCUCUCCAAUACCUUCUCCAAAUUUGGGUAUCAGUAUGCUGUGGUGGAUUUCUUGUGGUAUAGGAAAAUGGUGGCCCACUCCUCAGUGUGGGCUUCUGGUUUGGAUGUGAUUGAUGAAUGGGGAAGGCCUAUUCCAGAUCCUGCUCGAUGGCCAUCUUCUCGUGGGGGCUAUGGCUUUAAAAAUGUGGCUUCUCAGAUUCAUCAGAUGGGUCUCAAGUUUGGGAUUCAUGUUAUGAGGGGGAUCAGCACACAAGCCAUCAAUGCUAAUACUCCAAUCAUGGACUCCAAUGGGGAAGCCUAUCGUUCAGGUGGAAGAAUUUGGCGUGCCCGUGACAUAGCUCUGACCAAGAAACCAUGCGGAUGGAUGCCAGCCUGUUUCACUAGCAUUGAUACAAGCUCAGGAGCUGGAUUGGCAUUUCUUCAAUCCCUUUAUCAGUUGUAUGAUGAAUGGGGCGUUGAUUUUGUGAAGCAUGAUUGUGUCUUUGGUGAUGAUUUCAAUGAGGACGAGAUAAAAGCUAUCUCUGAGAUUUUGAAAGAGAAAGAUCGCCCUAUUGUGUAUUCCAUAUCACCGGGAACUCAUGUUACACCAGCAAUGGCAGAGAAAGUGAAGGACUUUGUGAACAUGUAUAGGGUUACUGGUGAUGAUUGGGACACAUGGAGCGAUUUUUCUACACACUUUGAUGUGGCAAGAGAUUUUGCACAAGGUGGCUUCAUAGGAAGUAGAGGACUAGAAGGUACGUCAUGGCCGGAUUUGGAUAUGCUUCCUUUUGGUUGGCUAACAGAUCCUAAUUCUAACCAAGGGCCACAUCGGAAUUCUAGUCUGACAGUUGAUGAGCAAAAGGCACAGAUGACAUUGUGGGCCAUGGCAAAAUCUCCAUUAUUUCUUGGAGGUGACCUCAGGAAUUUGGAUUCUACCACUUUGUACAUAACAACAAAUGCUGCCAUCCUUGAGAUCCAUAAUACAAGCUCCCAUAACAGAGAGCUGAGCAACAUCCAAAUUAAAGACCUCCGAAUAUGGGGUGCUAAUGGAACAACAGGUGAAGUAUACAUUGCAGUCUUCAAUCUUGGUUCAAGUGAAAAGCUUGUAACAGUAAAGUUCGAGGAUGUUAUUAGAGACUUCAUUCAUCAGGAGUUGAGAGGUGGAGGUGGUGAAGAGAUAUGUACAGGUUUUGACAUUUGGGAACGCAAAGAACUCGGAGAGAUAAAUGACACACUGAGUUUCAGCAUUACGAAACAUGGGUGUGUAGCGCUUGUGUUGAAAUGCACUCCAGAGGCAGCUGAGCGCCCAAUCUGAGUUUUGUCAUGUAGUUAGAUUCAACUCUGUGUGUGCGUGUGAUUUAUUCGUGUAACUGUGAAUAUAUCAAGUAAAAAAGCAAAAUAAUAGUUAUGUGGGGCAUUUGUAGCACUCAAAUGGGAGAACCAUCUUUCCAGUCAUAUAUGCUACUGUAUUUCAUUCAGGCAAAUUC